AUGACCAAGAGUUGCGUAAUCUGCGGCUCUGACGAGAGCGAAGACGUGACCCUUAUCGAAGCACCCUGCAAUAACCAUUUUGUCUGCACCGACGACAUUGUCAGUUUCUUCGAAAACGCAAUAAACAACGAGAGCCUCUUUCCGCCCCAAUGCUGCGACCAGAUUUUCAUGUUGGGCGAAUACGAAGACCACAUUCCGUUUGAGGUAUUAUGGAAAUACCGUGUGAAGCAGGAUGGCGAGUACACCGUUCCCGCAAAGUAUCGGGUUUACUGUGCAGAUCCGCAUUGCGCUAGAUUCCUGCACCCAUCAACCUAUGUCGAAGAUAAAGACAACGACAUCACGUAUGCUGUCUGUGAGGCAGAGAGUUGUGGUAAAAUAACGUGUGUUCGUUGCAAGGCGCUCCUACAACACGAAAAACAUGCCCACGAGUGCGGGCCCAACGAAGAGGAUCGAAAGUUCAAGCAGAUGGCUACCGAGAAGGGGUAUAAGGCGUGCCCUGUCUGCGGCGUGACGGUCGAGUUGGCCGAGGCGUGCAACCAUGUCAUGUGUGGGUGCGGUAACUCUUUUUGCUACGUUUGUGGCGAGCAAUGGGAGGGCAUGCACGGAUGCCCGCAAUACGGUCCCGCUGUCUACGACGAACAAGGGUACAAUCAGGAUGGAUUCCACCGCGACACGGGCCUGAACCGUGAGGGACUAGACCGUCGCGGGGUACUGCUUCGUGAUGGCGAAGCAGACGACGGCAACGGUUACAACAUUGGAGGCGAUGUACUCGGAGACAUCGCAGGUGACAUGGUGGAAGACUUUUUGCGCAUUUUUGGGGAUCCAGCCGAACCGACUAACUAG